UUGGAACGUUGAGGCCGCCGAGCGUUCCAUCGCGCGGAACGUUCAGGCUGCCGGCGUUCCAUCAGUCCGGGGCAGCGGCAACCGAUCUUGCAAAGGGUUCAGCCCCGAGGGGGCGGGAGAUUUAUUUAAUUUAUUUAUUUCGAGGGGACGGACGACACAGGAUCCUCCUCCUCCUCCCUCUCGACUUCCCUGCACCCCACAUUGACGCUCCUACCGGCUCAGGGGGAGGGAAGGGCCGGCCGCUGCAGAAGGCGGCCCACCGCCCGCCCCUUCCAUCACUCUCUCACUAUCUCUCCCGCCCGACGACGACGACGGCGGCAGCUCCACCUUCUCUUUCGCCGCCGCCGCCGCCGCCGCCCGGCCUGCUGUUGACAAACACGGCGUUCGAGGCGGGCGUCCCGUUGGCGAGCGCCUCUUCUGUCUCCGGAGCAGAUCCCCGGAGCGCCUGGGCGGCCGGCAGGCGGGGAAAGGCUCGCGGGGAGCCGGGGAAGGGAUGUGGCAGACGCUGGCCCUCGGAGCUCUCUUCUUCCCGGGGCUUUUCGCAGUCUCCGUCCGCAGCCUGCGCUGGCUGGCGCCGGCAUGGAGCCUCAAGGACCGGAUCGUCCUCAGCGGCAGGCUGGUGUCGUCUGUCCAGGCCAUGAUGGCCACUCUUUCCGGGAUCAUUGUCAUCUUCAGCUGCGAGGACGUCGUGCACGACAGACACUGGAUUGCGCGUGAGUACAUGUGGGUUGUGGUCUCCUACAUGGCCUACGACAUCUACGUCAUGUACCUCUGCCACUGGCACAAGUGCGAGGAGAAAGGGGAGGCGCACCCAAAGUAUUCUCUGGCCAGCGUCAACAGCUUCCUGCAGAGAGAAAGGCUGAUGGUCACACACCACCUUUUCAUCCUCAUCGUCCUCACGCCAGUGGCUACGCACUUCAGAGGUGAGCUGGGAGACUUCUUCGUCGGCUGCAUCUACACGGCUGAGCUGAGCACCCCCUUUGUAUCGUUGGGCAAGAUCCUGUUGCAGCUGAAAAUGCAGGAUUCGGCCUUGCACAAAGUCAACGGCGUCCUCGUCCUGGUGACCUUCUUCCUGUGCCGCAUUGUCCUCUUCCCCUUCAUGUACUGGGCCUACGGUCGCCAGGCCGGCCUCCCCAUCUACAAAGUGCCUUUCCACAUCCCCCUCCACUGCAACGUGGCCAACGCCCUGCUCAUCGCCCCUCAGCUCUACUGGUUCGCCCUCAUCUGCCGCAAGGCCCUGCGGCUGUACAGAGCCCCGCCGGCCCCGGACCGAGCCCGAUAAUGGCGGCCUGAGACCUGCUCCCUGUCGGCUGGGUCCUGCCCGCCCCGACUUUCUGCGCCAGCCUCUGGGGAGAGACCUCUCAGUCGGGACGCCGUGGGCUUUGCCCAGGAGUGACAGGCGACGCUACCUCUGCAGGUGGCCCCUGGGUGAAAUCCGGUUGCCAUACGGUGCCAACAAAGGCCGGAUUGCUUUUUGUUUUGAUCUGUUCUGAGGAGUCUACUGCCAGAAGAUUGCUGCUGGAUCCGGCCACCCACACACCUCGCCCAGCACCCCGUUCUCACAUUCGCACCCGCCAAGGUGCUCAAAAUAGGCCGGGACUCCUGGAAGCUGCUUCCAGUUUGCAGGAUGGGGGCAGUGUGCCAGGAUCCGGCCCCCUGCCAGCGCUGGCCUCUCUUGUGACAAAAGGGCGUGCAGAGAGGGGGCACUGGGUAGGCCGCCUGUAGGUUUCUCGGUGGUUUCUGUGAAAUGGAGGGUUUAUUGCUUCCCAAGUCAUGCUCUGAAUAGGAGCAAGAAAACGAUUCCCUCCCCCCCCCCAAUUAUACUGCUGAAGUGAAGAAGGCGGGGGGGGGCAGAUAACCCAGAGUACAUUUUCCGCAGGGGAGGACUGUGAACUUUUUCGCCCCAGGAUUCGAAUCGUGGGCUUGGGACCCAAGCGCCGGUUUGGGAAAAUCAAGCUGUCUUUCCACCCACUCCCCAAGCUGUAAAAAUGGGGUGUGGAGGGUAUGGAUUCUAUGCUGGGGAAGAAAAUGGGGCAUUGGGCAGUCUGGUCAUCAUAUUCGGGGGGGGGGGGAAUGACCAGGCAGCUGGAGGUCUCGGGGCCAAAUCAAAUGUGUUGGUUUUUCUUUGUCCUGCCUGUAAAACGAGUAUUUUUGUCGAGACCCUGCAGGGGUCGGCCUAAAAUCUCCGCGCCAGCAACGCCAGCGUCACACAGGGGUAAAGCUUCCCCACGCAAUUCGCACCCGGCUCCCCGUUGACGGUGGCCCUCUGUUUGGAGCACAAGAAGUCUGCCGCAAGUGGAGCUUGGGUCUAACCCAGGUCUAGUUCAGCUGGUAGAACAUGAGACUCUUAAUCUCAGAGUCGGGGGUUCAAGCCCUGCCCCACCUUGGGCAAAAAAAAUCCUGCAUUGCACGGGGUUCGACUAGAUGACCCUUGUUGUCCCUUCCAGAUCGACAAUUCUAUGAAAAGCCGUGGCCUGCCAGAUGGGGCUGGACUACAACUCCCAUCAUUCCCCUGGCCAUUGACCACGAUGGCUUCUGAGAUUUGGAGUCCAGCAGCGUUUGAUUCCUCCAUCACUGGUGCAAUCCAUUUUCUUACAGGGGUGUUCCCCCCCCCCAAUCACUUCUUGUGCCCAUUUUCUUUCUGGUCAAGCUGGUCUUUUUUCUACCUCCUUGUUUAUGUCUGAUCUUUCCGGAACGCCUUUGCAAGUACCACGUUGGAGCCGCCUUUGGAUCGAUGCGGCUACAACUUCUCCUUAACACACCGGCGUCUCCUCUGAGGUUGUGGUGCUCUCCAGAGGUCCCCAAACUUCAUCAGAAGCGCCUUUCACUUCAUCAGAAGUGGCUUUUUACUGCCUCCAACAGUAUUGGGACACCACAGCCAGCCUGCCUAGCCGCCAGCGAUAAGCUUCAUCCUCCACAACUGUGCCUCAUCCCCUUUUAAAAACAACCAAGAUGGCCGCCCUCACGACAACUUAGGGGAGCAAAUUCCAUAUCGGCGCUGGACAAAAUUUUUUUCGCUCCGUUUCCCAGCUCUCAGCGUCAUUAGAUGUCCCCAUUGGAUUCUAGUGCAGUGGUACCUCAGGUUAAGUACUUAAUUUGUUCCGGAGGUCCGUUCUUAACCUGAGGCACCACUUUAGCUAAUGGGGCCUCCCGC